UAGGGAGAGGUUGUAUGAGAGAAAUGACUGCGUCUCACAUUGAGUCCUUGUCUCUCUCUCUCUCUCUCUCUCCUGAUUUAUUUUCUUUCUCCAGCUUAGCCUUCUUCCUUUUCUUUCUAUGUACUCUUACCCUCUUCUCAUCUUCUCAUCCCUUGUAUUCUAAUCUUAAUUAAACUUCGACUUCUGGGGCUUAUCUCCUUUUUCUUUUCAUCAUUUAAUAUUCCCAAGCUUCUCAAAAAUAUUAAUAAUCUCUCAACCCACAAAAACAAAGAUUAAAAGAACUGUUCUUCCCCUUGUCCAUUUUAUUUUUUUUAAUCUCUUGUUAGAUUAAAAAAAAAUUUCCUAGUACUAGUUUUCUUUUGAUAUUGAAUGUUAUUUUGAAUGGCUGGCUUAGAUUUAGGCACAGCAAAUCGUUAUGUCCAUCAACUCCAUCACCAACAACACCAUAGGCCCGACCUCCAGUUACAACAGAGGCCGGACCAGUCAGAAGACGAUGAUAAUAAUAACAACAACAACAUUGAUCAUGAUGAACACGGGCUAGACCUAGUCAACGUCUCCGGAGGCUCAGGCCCUGGAGACGUUGUAGGUCGUCGACCCAGGGGAAGACCCCCUGGGUCGAAAAAUAAGCCCAAACCUCCAGUGAUAAUAACUCGAGAGAGUGCAAACACUCUCCGAGCGCAUAUCCUAGAGGUAGCUAGUGGUUGUGAUAUAUUCGAUUGCGUUGCCUCCUACGCUAGGCGGAGGCAACGUGGGAUCUGUGUUCUAAGUGGUACGGGAACAGUGACCAACGUUAGCCUCCGUCAGCCAGGAGGAGGUGGGACAGGAGGUUCAGCUGUUGUUACACUUCACGGCCGAUUCGAGAUCCUAUCUCUAUCUGGCUCAUUCUUACCCCCGCCUGCGCCACCUGGGGCUACUAGUUUAACCAUCUUCUUAGCAGGCGGGCAGGGUCAAGUCGUAGGAGGAAACGUGGUCGGAGAGCUUGUUGCAGCUGGACCAGUUAUAGUCAUCGCUGCCUCGUUUACUAACGUCGCAUAUGAGCGUUUACCACUUGAAGAAGAAGAGGCAGCAGCUGUGACACCAGGUGGAGGACUUCAGAUGCAGACUGGACCACCCGGUGGAAACGGGGCCCAGUUUCCAGACCCAUCUUCAGGGUUACCAUUCUUAAACUUGCCUCUUAAUAUGCAGAACUGCCAGCUGCCGGUUGAUGGAUGGGCAGGAAAUAAUUCAGCCGGUAGACCUCCAUUUGGAUAAUAUACUAAGCAGCUUAUUUUUCUUCAUUAGUUAGAAAAGUUUAGCUAGAGUAUUACUACUCAAAUCCCAGCCAUUUGAUGGUGAUGAUGUUGAUUGUUGAUGUUUUGAUGAUGAUGAUGUUGAUGUUGAUAAAUCCAAGGGCUAUAAAUUUCUCGCCUCACUUUGGCAUUUGAAGGAUCAGGUCAGCCAAUAAUAAUCCAUGGAAUUUAAUACUAUCUAUCACCCAAUCAUCAUGUAACUUUGUUAGUUCUUGUUCUUCGUCUUCAUGUUCCUCUUUUUUUUUUUUUUUUUUUUUUUUUUUGUAUCUUGGAAAUUCUGGAAAUAGUCUCUCUUUUUAUUCCUCUUUCUCUUUUCAUUUGAUCUUGUUAUAUUAAGCUUUUGUGCGUGAGUGUCUUUGAUGUUGAAACUUCUUAUUUAUUUCGGUGAGAAAAAUGGUGUGUGAGGAUUACAAAUUAUAAAUUAAAGUUUAGUUAA